CGCGAGCGCCGGUGGCGGCGGCGGCUGCGCAGUGGCGCCACAUCCGGGCACUGGGGCAGGAUGAAUGCUCCUUUCCAAGAUGGCGGCGGAGGGAGGAGGGAAGGAGAUGAACGAGAUUAAGACCCAGUUCACCACCCGGGAGGGGCUGUACAAGCUGCUGAGCCAUUCGGAGUACAGCCGGCCUAACCGGGUGCCCUUCAACUCGCAGGGCUCCAACCCGGUCCGCGUUUCCUUCGUCAACGUCAACGACCAGAGCGGCAACGGGGACCGGCUCUGCUUCAAUGUGGGCCGGGAGCUCUACUUCUACAUCUACAAGGGGGUCCGCAAGGCUGCAGACUUGAGUAAACCAAUAGACAAAAGGAUAUACAAAGGAACACAACCUACAUGCCAUGACUUCAAUCACUUAACAGCCACAGCAGAAAGCGUGUCUCUUCUAGUGGGCUUCUCUGCAGGCCAGGUCCAACUUAUAGACCCUAUUAAAAAAGAAACUAGCAAAUUAUUUAACGAGGAAAGACUAAUAGACAAGUCCAGAGUAACCUGUGUAAAAUGGGUACCAGGUUCGGAAAGCCUUUUCCUAGUAGCUCAUUCCAGUGGCAAUAUGUACUUGUAUAACGUGGAGCACACUUGUGGUACCACAGCCCCGCACUACCAGCUACUUAAACAAGGAGAAAGUUUUGCAGUUCACACUUGCAAGAGUAAAUCCACAAGAAACCCUCUGCUUAAAUGGACAGUAGGUGAGGGUGCCCUGAAUGAAUUUGCCUUUUCCCCCGAUGGGAAGUUCUUGGCAUGUGUGAGCCAGGAUGGUUUUCUUCGUGUGUUUAACUUUGAUUCAGUGGAAUUGCAUGGUACAAUGAAAAGCUACUUUGGAGGACUGCUGUGUGUGUGUUGGAGUCCCGAUGGGAAGUACAUAGUGACAGGUGGAGAGGAUGACUUGGUAACAGUUUGGUCUUUCGUGGACUGUCGAGUAAUAGCGAGAGGCCACGGACAUAAAUCGUGGGUCAGUGUUGUCGCGUUUGAUCCAUAUACCACUAGUGUAGAAGAGAGUGACCCGAUGGAAUUUAGCGGAAGUGAUGAGGAUUUCCAAGACCUUCAUUUUGGCAGAGAUCGAGCAAAUAGUACGCAAUCUAGGCUAUCCAAAAGGAACUCUACAGACAGUCGUCCAGUAAGCGUUACGUAUAGAUUUGGUUCAGUAGGCCAGGACACACAGCUCUGUUUGUGGGAUCUUACAGAAGAUAUCCUCUUUCCCCACCAACCUCUCUCAAGAGCAAGGACACAUACAAAUGUCAUGAAUGCCACAAGUCCACCUGCUGGAAGUGGUGGAACUAACCCAGGAAGUAACGGAAACAGUAUCACAACACCUGGAAACUCUGUACCCCCUCCUCUUCCACGGUCAAACAGCCUUCCACACUCUGCAGUCUCAAACGCUGGCAGUAAAAGCAGUGUCAUGGAUGGUGCCAUUGCUUCUGGCGUUAGUAAAUUUGCAACCUUAUCGCUACACGAUCGGAAGGAAAGACACCAUGAAAAAGAUCACAAGAGAAAUCAUAGCAUGGGACAUAUAUCUAGCAAGAGCAGUGACAAACUGAACCUAGUUACUAAAACCAAAACGGACCCAGCUAAAACUUUGGGAACACCUCUCUGUCCCCGAAUGGAAGAUGUUCCCUUGUUAGAGCCUCUUAUCUGUAAAAAGAUAGCACAUGAAAGACUGACUGUGUUAAUUUUUCUUGAAGACUGUAUAGUCACUGCUUGUCAGGAGGGAUUUAUUUGCACAUGGGCAAGGCCUGGUAAAGUGAGAUAAAGUAUGCAGUACCAAAAAAUCAGGAUUUAUGUAUUGGCCAAUAUGGAAAACUUUAAUUACAGGUAAGUAAUUUUCAUGCUGAAGUUAUCACUUUCAAAAUUAAUAUAUUGCACACUGAUGUAUAUGCCAUAUUGUUUAGGAAGUAUUUACUUAGAAAUUUUCAAAUUAAUUUUUUUUUCUGAUUUCACUUGCAUUUCUAGUGAGCUCACUCUGCUGGUAAAAACUAAAUUUUGGUGGCAUGUUUACAGGGCUUUGAUAGGAAAAUAUUUGUGCCAGAAGGACGUUACGAGCAUCCUUUUUGUUUAUAGGAAAGCACUUAAUAAUUUUAUUUAAUGAAAAUUGUCAAAGUAUAAAACACUCAUGGUAAUGUCUUUCUUACUGGGUUAUAUACCAUUCAUUUCUGUUUCGCCAGCUGUUUUAUCCUAGGCUAUCCCAAUACUCUGGGGUUUAAAGCUGCUAUUUCUAGUCUUCCUUUUGAAAUAUGGGUCCCCAAGUGAUCUUAAAACUCCGUCACGUUUUUGUCUGCCAACUGUAGAGUGAAAGCCUCUGAAUCUUGCUGCUUCUUCCAUCGUUGCCUCAAAAGGCCUUCAUUAAAUUCAUGCCACUGCCAGCCUAAAGAAAGAAUUGGAUGGAAAAGCGAAGCAGGCUUGCAGUGUCUAACGUAAUUUCCAUUGAGCCAGUGCUACCUUUCCCUCUGGUUUUAAUAGCUGUCAAAAGAUGUGCUGGAUAAUUGGACACUUCUAUGUGUGACAAGUUCUCUUCAUUUUUCUGGUUGGGCUGGUGCAGCCCUUAGGGGGAAAAAAAAAAUCCAGAAAUGUCUCUUCAGCCGUGAUCCUUAUGAUAGCUGAUACAGUGCUCACAGAGUGUCCUGACAGUUUGUUUAUAAACUUUCCAAAUUACUACUUCAGCAUAUACAUAAUCAUACCUUGAGCUUCCUCGCGGGAUAGGCCGUUCUUGCAUUGCACUUCCAGAACCGUUGUACUAACUCCCAGUCAGAGUGAGGUCCAGUGAAUGGCAAAAUCCACUAAGAAACCAGUUGAAUGAGGCUCAGGAUUCAUUAGUUUCAAUUUUUUACUCUCACUUUUUGUUAGCCUGUUUCUGAGGAAGAAGGUUCAGUGUGCUGAGAAAAAUAGGUUGCCUUAACAAGAGCAUGAACUUUCUUCGCAACGUGGUGACAGUUUGCCGUAUCCUCUCCCCCCCGCCCCCAUCUUUCCCAGCCCCUGGUGGGAAACCUAAAUGGGACUAUAGAACUCUUGUAUUAAUCUGAAAACGCAGAAAAGGAAUUUUAAAGGGACCGAUGUAAACUUCGUAUGUUAUCUUUAUAGCUACUUCAAACUGAAUUAGAGGACCUGCAGAAGCAAUUUAAAAAAAACCCCAAAACCAAAAAAACCCAACUCAACAAAACUCCCCAGAACCCGAAGUGGUACCUGAAUAUGCAAAACAAGUCUUCUCUGAACUUAGUGGUCAGAUGAACUAUAUAAUUUCUGCGUUUGAUUUUAAGUAACUAUUCACCAUCUUCAUCGCCAUUUUAUCUAAGUGAAAGUUACUGAUUAGUUGUGAGAAAGCUCAAGGUAAGAUUGGCCAGAAGCGUGAAGAGGUGAAACGGCAGUGUAUAACCUAGCAAGAUAAACAUGCUACCAUUUUGUAAAACAAAUGCACAUGGAAUUUAUUUAUUUGACUUAUUGUACAGGAAAACUUAGACUUAAAUUAUAACAUCCUUGAAUUUUCUAGUUAACUACAAUUGUAGUACAGUAUCAUGUUUUAGUAUGACUUUUGUCUUAGUGAAAGUACUUAAACAUUCAUGUACGAUAUUUGAGUGAGAUGAGCAGCUAUACUUACUAAUUCUUCCUCAAUGGAAAGGAGCAUUUCAUCAUUACAAUUGAAGUUCAAUUGCUGGUAUUUAAGUACUAUCAAAUAGAUUUCUUUCAACGUGAUACGGUAUCUGUAUAAACUUCAGGGAUGAUUAUAGUAAAACUGAAACACAGCUAUAUGACUUCAGGUUACCAUGCUGAAAUUUGAAGCUUUCUGUAAUGUGCAUAAUAGCAAAGUUGCACAUAGCAUACCCGCAUUAUCAGGGUGAAUUUAAACCUAGUACACUGGUGUGAUAUUUAUAGCAAGGUAUGUGUGUUUGCGCGUGUGCGUGUGUGAGGAGGCGUGACUAGUGGCUCCGGUAAAGCCAGGAGAGAUCAUAACCCUGUAAAGGCUUUAUGAUGAAGAUGUCUGGAUUAGGAAAUAACAUGACUUUUACUAAACACUUUUUAGAAAACCCAUGUUCUGAAUUAUCAGCUCUUAAAAUUUGGUUAUGUACUUGGAAUGACUGUAUAUGUCUGCCCCUUUAACAAGAUAAAGCUACUAAAUUAAUAUUUAAAAUGCUGGCCUGCUUAUGUUACAAUAAUAAAAUUUGUGUCAGAUAAUUUACUGUCAAUUUACAUGUAAAGAUUAAACAAUAUUUUUUUUCUGCAUUUUAUGAAUUCUGUAUACUGGAGUUUGUUAAAGAUUGACAUGUUAGGUGAUACUGUACAAAAUUGUAUUGACUACCUUUAGUGAAAAUCAAAAGUAAAAUUCAUAUGUAUUUCCUUUUUACACUUCCAUCUAAUUUCUUGACAACUUGAAUAAAUUUCAUAGAGCCUUUCUAACAUGAACUAUUGUUGAUUUAACUGUUGCAAUAAUUAAGCUUUAAGAAGUAUUGUUGGUAUAUUUAUAAUUUUAAGAAGAUCAUGUUUGUUUCAUACUGCUUAUUUUUAGCUGUUCUAUUGUCACUGUUACAGCUGAAGAACUUUACUAAAUACUUGACAUUACAAAAUAACUUGCUGGGGUUGUCCUCUGUAUACUGAUGUUAAAUAAAAAUGUGUGAUUGAACUGUAAAUGUAGAUAACUUUCAAUAGUCCUUUCCACAUUUGAGUUUUAAUUUAUCUUGCAGUCCGUAGGUGGUCUUAUGCUGUUAUUCUGUACUCAACAAAUGGCCACAAUGAAAGCUUAUUGAAAUGAGAUUUAUUAUAUGAAAACUUGCCAUAUUUUAAAGUAAGAACUUGAUGCAUCCUGUAACCUGCUCUGAGUAAAUGUUCCACUUCAUCUCAA